AUGCCUCCAACAAUAUCGGCAGUGGUAUCCUUGCCUAGUCUAACUCAGGCGGGGGCACAAACCGCUCUUGAAGCAGCGGAGCAAUAUGCGCUCGAAAUCGGAGUACCUAUGAGCAUAGCAGUAGUUGACGCCCACGCACACCUGUUAUCCUUCACACGCAUGGAUGGCGCAAAAAUAACGUCAAUAAAUACUGCCAUGGAUAUGGCUUUUACUUCCGCUAGCAACCGCAUUCCCACCUCAGCAUACCACGAGGAUUCAUGGUCAAACUGUGCGGCCAGCGGAACUAGCGGCACGUUGUGUGGCCGCUUUACAUCACUGGGAGGGGGUAUGCCUAUCCUAUCUUCGACGGGCGAUAUACUUGGCGCAAUCGGAUGCUCUACUGGAAAUAGCAUGCAAGUCGAGGCAGCAGCGAAAUCGGGACGGGACGCAGUGCUCGCCCUUGUAAAAAGAGAGAAAGCCGAGGAAGAGCGUAGGAUAGCUGAGGAGAGACAUGCUGUGCUGUCGUUAUGGAAAGAGAAAGAGGAAGAAGUUGAGAUUCUCAGAGAUCAUUUAGAAAGCAUGGAGAGAGGAAGUAAAAGAAUGAGAUUUGAUGAUGGAGGAAGUGGAAACGAAAGUAUAAGCAGCAGUGGGCGAGGAAGUGUCAUAGUGGGCGGUCCACCAGGCACACCGCCUGAAGAGAGGGAAAUUCAGAAGCACCAAAGUUUUAUUGGAGAGGUGACAAGCGUGUCGCCAAUACUUGCACAGUACUCCGACACAUUUCAAAUCGAGUUGCCAUGGAGUUUCAAUAGGAUUCACCGUUCAAUCAUCUCAAAGGCUCUCUGUUACCCACUGCUCGCCUUCUGGGAACAUAUGAUAUCCAACUCAAACAAAGGACUUCCAGCGAAGCACUUUGCAAAAAAGCACGAUGAUCCCGUUCAGCAUGUCGUGCUCGCUUCAUCUAUGCUGUACCGGAUAACACGACAUUGGGGUAGUUGGAGGCGAAGUAUCAACUCCUAG